AUGAAACGAGGUGGUGAGAUUACAGGUUUCGCGGAAGUCGCGAAGCCCUACUGCCUCCGAUAUGGCGCAGCAAAAGCGUUCAACGAUAGCCCGGAUGUGUCCAAUGAACUACAGAACGUGAUGCUGCAGCAUGCCAGUAUCGAUACUUUUGUUCGGCACUACAGCGUGGGUAUUCAUGUAGAUGCCCAGGCAAUUGUACGGGGCCUGCCCGCUCAGAAGCAGCUCAUGCGGUUUGCCUCCUCGAUGAGUCGGUCUAUUGAUCCCCGCAGACCCUAUCGACUAGAGGAUUCGAGCUGUAUCAAUGAAAUUCCCCGUGUUCGCACUCUGGAAGAGAGGAAACAGGUGCGGAAACAAGUUCGAGAUGCUAAGAAGCGCACCUUUGAAAAUGCCCAGGCUGCAUUACAGCGGGAGUUUGGUGAUAAACUUUCACAAGAAAACUUCCCUCAUUCCCGAAUGAUCCGCAAGCGGCGGAAAGCUCAAGAGAAGAGAGUGGAAAAGCUACAGCAAAAACUUGAUCAUGCAGAUGAGCAGUAUAAUCGCUCAGUUAAGCAACUACGGAACGAGAAAGGGCGGCAGCGGAACCGCUUGAUUCGUGAGAAUCUGGAGCGUUACAAGAACGAACAGCCAGUGGUCGACAGCGAACGACAACUUUCCGGAAAGGUUGUUGACGAAGAAGUAUUGGUUGCGCUGGAGCGAACAGGCUACAUGACACCGCAACAUAUGACACUUAUCGACACUGUUCUGACUAUGCCGGGUACGACCAUCGAGAAAGAAUAUGAGCGUCGUAUUGCUGCAAUCAAUGCAGUGAUUGCGGUUUGUGAUGCAGAAGAGAGUGCCCCCUUGCGGUCUCGUGUCACCCAAAAACGCUCCGCCGAUGCUGUCGAUAUUCUACCAGCUGCCCCCGUGCCUAAAAGGCAGAGUUCAACCCCUUCAGAUAAGAGCGACGAUACUUUUUCCAAGGCCAUCGCUUCAGUUUGCGUCAAAUCUCCAAAUGAAAGACCAACGAUUUGCUUUAUUUGCCUUGGUACCCCUAGGCUGCCACAAAGCGAACGCUUAAGGAUGUACAAGAACUCUGGAUCUUUGAGCAGACAUUUCGUCAGAAAGCAUAUCAAGCCAUUUUCAAACGACAUGCGCUGUGAGUGCUCUAUCUGUGGAGAGAAGUUAGAGUCAAAAUCUGCGCUACUGAACCAUGCGGAAAGGGUGCAUGGAACUGUCUCCCGCUCUUCUAAAAUAGCCCUUGGUAUGGCAUGA